AGCGCUGUCAGCGCGGUUAUAAGGGAGGGAAAAGUUCCCUGCGCGGAGAGCCGGGCAGGCGCACGCUCGUACGGCGGCCGCAGCGGCAGGGCGGGGCCGGCAGGGCAGGCGGCGGCGGAGGAAGACCCCCGAUUGCGACCUCGCCUCUCUCCGUCUCUCAGACCUCUGCCACGUACCGGGGUCCGGAGGACUUGUGCAUAGCGGCCAUGGGCGGCGUCGGGGAGCCCGGUGGGGGACCCGGGCCACGGGAGGGGCCCGCACCGCUGGGGGCGCCCCUGCCCAUCUUCCGCUGGGAGCAGAUCCGCCAGCAUGACCUACCAGGCGACAAGUGGCUGGUCAUCGAGCGCCGCGUCUACGACAUCAGCCGCUGGGCACAGCGGCACCCAGGGGGUAGCCGCCUCAUCGGCCACCACAGCGCGGAGGACGCCACGGAUGCCUUCCACGCCUUCCACCAGGAUCUCCAUUUUGUGCGCAAGUUCCUGAGACCCCUGUUGAUUGGAGAGCUAGCCCCAGAGGAACCCAGCCAGGAUGGAGCUCAGAAUGCCCAGCUGAUCGAGGACUUCCGAGCCCUGCGUCAGGCAGCAGAGGACAUGAAGCUGUUUGAAGCUGAUACCACUUUCUUUGCACUCCUGCUGGGCCACAUCCUGGCUAUGGAGUUGCUGGCCUGGCUUAUCGUCUACCUCUUGGGUCCUGGCUGGGUGUCCAGUGUCCUUGCUGCCCUCAUCCUGGCCAUCUCUCAGGCCCAGUGCUGGUGUCUGCAGCAUGAUCUAGGCCACGCUUCCAUCUUCCCAAAGUCCAGGUGGAACCAUGUGGCCCAGCAGUUUGUGAUGGGGCAGUUGAAAGGCUUUUCUGCCCACUGGUGGAAUUUCCGCCACUUCCAGCACCAUGCCAAACCCAAUAUCUUCCACAAGGAUCCAGACGUGACUGUCGCACCUGUCUUCCUCCUGGGGGAGUCAUCUGUGGAGUAUGGCAAGAAGAAACGCAGAUACCUGCCCUACAACCACCAGCAUCUAUACUUCUUCCUGAUUGGCCCACCGCUGCUCACCUUGGUGAACUUUGAAGUUGAAAAUCUGGCAUACAUGCUGGUGUGCAUGCAAUGGACGGACUUGCUGUGGGCUGCCAGUUUCUACUCCCGCUUCUUCUUGUCCUACUCCCCCUUCUAUGGUGCCACUGGGACACUGCUCCUCUUCGUUGCUGUCAGGGUGCUGGAGAGCCACUGGUUCGUGUGGAUCACACAGAUGAACCACAUCCCCAAGGAGAUUGGCCACGAAAAGCAUCGGGACUGGGCUAGCUCUCAGCUGGCAGCUACCUGCAAUGUGGAACCUUCUCUCUUCAUUGACUGGUUCAGUGGGCACCUCAACUUCCAGAUUGAACACCACCUCUUUCCCACGAUGCCAAGGCACAACUACCGGAGGGUGGCCCCCCUGGUCAAGGCAUUCUGCGCCAAGCAUGGUCUACACUACGAGGUGAAGCCCUUCCUCACCGCCCUGGUGGAUAUCAUCGGGUCCCUGAAGAAGUCUGGCGACAUCUGGCUGGAUGCAUACCUCCAUCAAUGAAGGCAGCACCCUCGUGGGUUGUGAAGGGGGUAAGGGUCCAGACUCCAGCAAUCACCAAGUCACUGGGCAAGAUUGACAGCCAUCCUCACCCCCUGCUGGGGCAGCCUGUCCGCCUGCCUGGUCCUGCUGGCUUUCCUCAGUCCUCAGCAUUUUCUGUUCAGGAACCCUAUGGCCAUGGCACAUGUCCAACAGGACCAGGGGUGGAGGGAGCAUACUUAAAAUGACAUGGUGAGCAUAGCAUGUUUUCCCAGAGCAAGGAUUGGAGGAAAACUUGUUAUUUUUAUAUAUAAAAACAAAACAAAACAAAACAAAAAAUCAGACUCAUGGAGCCAAGUGUUGGAUUUUCAUGGAUUUUGGAGCCAAAUCUGCCUCAGGUGGAGAUGGGAUGGACUGUAAGGGUUUCCCUUCCACCCUAAGCGCUCUGGGUCAUGGAGGCAAUAGCUACUCCAUCUUGGCUCUACUCCUCCAUGGCUUGUUCGUACAUUGAGCAGCACUCCAGGGUGAGCUAUGUAUCCAAGGGCCCAAGGUUAAGGAUCACACCUGCAGGAGCCUGGGUUAGGGGAUGGGAAAGCCUGUUUUGUCUGUACUGGCUUCCUAAGCCCUCUCUAUGCAAGAGGGCCCAGUAGUGGGAGCUCUGCUAGACUUGGCACUGCACCACAGUGGUCGUGCCGAGCAGGUAGCAACUCGAGUGUGGUCGUUCUGUCCCCGAGUCCUUGGAAUCUACCGACUGUUUCUUGAGCAGGAGCUAACUUCCCACUUGGCCUCAGGAUCUUCAUCUGGACAAUGGGUACAGUUGACAGUUGACUGCACCUGUCACCCUUUGAACAGCUCCAGGUGGAAAUUUCCCUUUAUCUUGGUUCUCUCCCCAGAGUGUUAAGGAUGUUCCCUUCUCCUCAAGCUAAGCACGCCAGUCUGGAAAGGCAUGCAUCCCUUCCCUAGUGCUAAAAAGAAAAGAAAAAAAAAAUCAAACUCAGUGCUGUAGGCAUACUAAGCAAGUACUCCACUACUGACCUAAAGCCAAGCUCAGUGAGGAAGGGGAGGGACAGUGGGUCCUUUCAGCUCCAGCACCGACACCCCAUGGCUCCAAGCUGGGCUGCAGAGCUUCUUUAAAGAGGUUUCGGCAGCUUUAGGCUGUAGCAAAUGCAGCAGAAAUGCCAAACUGGGGUCUCCUGUAGGAGCUGAGGCCUCACCACCAGCUGUAGGGUCGACCCCACCCUCGCUGCACUCCCUGUGACCUCCUUGUCCAAGGAAGUACCAGUAGAAGCCUCCUAGGGGAGCUAAGGUCCAUCGUGUGCUGGGUCCUUACCUUGAUCCACUCCACUUAGCUUCCACCUCCCUUUUCCUGGGUUUAGGUGGAUGGGGAUAAGUCAUGUAUCUGCUAGGACUUAAGGCUGCCUGACCUCAAGGGAGGAAUUCAAGUUCUUAAACCCAAAGUGACGAGAAAUAAAAUGGAAGCCCUAGGAAGGCUCUCAGCAAACGGCUGGGCUCAUACGUGUAUUUAAAAGCUUUAUGUGUGUGAUCCCGUUGCCUCUGGGCUGUUUUUUCCUUGAGACAAGCUCUUUGCUUUCUCUGGACUUUAUUUUCUUCCUCAGGAAAGGACCGAAGAUCCCUUGAAAGGCACUUCUAAGCCCUGUACACAUACUUGAAAUCCAAGGUACUUAAGCUGAAACAGGAGGAUGGCAAGUUCAAAGGCAACCAAGGCAACUUGAUAAAAUCCUGCUUUGAGAUGCUAAUAAUAAAUAAAUAUUUUAAGGGUCCAGGGAACGUCACUCAGUAGGAAGACUUCCAGCCUGUGUAGGCCCUGACCGAGUUCAAGCCUCCCGACCCCCGACCCCCAACACACUCCUAUUUCAUGCCUCGAAGCAAAUUUCUUCUACCUAGAGUAUGUCACACUGUCUAUACCUCUGUUUCCACUGCAGGAAGUCCCUUUUCCCAUCCCUAAUUUAAUGAUCCUAGUAUCACAUAGGUAUGGCCAAUGGGGGUGGGGGUGGGCAUCCCCUCGACACGUCGUCUGGCAGCACUUGGUCUCCACUGUGGCAAGAUCAGAUUUCUGUCGGUGUCUCUGGCAUGCCUAGGGACAUGUCCUGCUCAGAGGACUCACCCAGCCUGCAGCAUCACCCACGGGUAGCCACAUGACAGCAGUGUGGACUGUGUUUCAUGCUGCCCCUAGUGGUGGGCACGGGGAGUGUGCGCUCUCCCUCCAAAUCCAGUUAUCCAAUAAAAUACCCUGCCGAGA